CUCCCGGGGGCUGGGCCGGGGUUCGGGUGGCGGUGCCGGGGGUCGGUUUCCUCCGAGAGGACAGUCUGCGGCUUCAUUUACCGUGAAAAUCGCCGGUAGCUCUAACUGUGCCACAGCCACGACUUUUAGCUGCCGAGACAGGGAACUUUUUACAAGUUCCAAAUGGAAACACGCUGCCCAAAAAAACGGUCUCCCACGCCCUCCUCACCUGCCACCUCCCGAUUUGGCGGAAGAUCGCGAGCAAGGCUGGGAUCCGGCGUCCCGCUUGUGUGGGCUGAGGGUGGCAGAAGCCCCGCCCGCCACCCUUGCUCCCCUUGCUCCCCUUGCCUUCAUUGCCACCGCAAGCUACCCCGCAGCACACUAGCGAUCUGAGCUCUUUCAGUGUCCCAUGCAUGCGUGCUCACGGCCCUACUGCGACCCACAUUCCGAAUUCUUGUGAGGCUUAUCGGGAGAAAUGGAUGCCAGAGACAAGCAGGUCCUCCGCUCCCUGCGUCUGGAGCUGGGUGCCGAGGUACUGGUGGAAGGACUGGUUCUUCAGUACCUUUACCAGGAAGGAAUUUUGACAGAAAACCACAUUCAAGAAAUCAAAGCGCAAACCACAGGCCUCCGGAAGACAAUGCUGUUGCUGGACAUCUUGCCUUCCAGGGGCCCCAAAGCUUUUGACACCUUCCUCGAUUCCCUCCAGGAAUUUCCCUGGGUAAGAGAGAAGCUGGAGAAGGCGAGAGAGGAAGUCACAGCCGAGCUGCCUACAGGAGACUGGAUGGCCGGAAUCCCCUCACACGUCCUCAGCAGCUCGCCAUCAGACAGGCAGAUUAACCAGCUGGCUCAGAGGCUAGGCCCGGAGUGGGAGCCCGUGGUGCUGUCUCUGGGACUGUCCCAGACCGACAUCUACCGCUGCAAGGCCAACCAUCCCCACAACGUGCAUUCGCAGGUGGUGGAGGCCUUCGUCCGCUGGCGCCAGCGUUAUGGCAAGCAGGCCACCUUCCUAAGCUUACACAAGGGCCUCCAGGCAGUGGAGGCUGAUCCCUCCCUGCUCCAGCACAUGCUGGAGUGACCUGACCCCCCCCACACACACACACACACACUUGCUGUGGGGGUGAUGGGGCGUGGGUUCCCAAGUCACUCAAGCUGAACCGGACUUUUCUCAGCAGGUGGCUUUGUUCUGGGCUUUUCAGUGAUCUGUUUAUGGAAAGAGAUCGUCUACCACUAACUCAACAAUCCAUUGGCUUUAAUUGCUUGAAGACUGCGUUGUUGUAACUACGGUUUGGAACUUUGUGGCUGACCUUUAACGGGAGGCCAGAAAAAAGACAACACCCACCCCACCCCACCCCCCAAAAAAUCAUGCUACAGCAUCGAAUGCAGGUGUCCUGCAUACAAGGCAGCUACACUUAUGUUGCCUGGAGACUGGAUUGUGCAUUUAGCUCUUCAUAAUGAUGAUGAUAAUAAAAAAGCAAAUUGUGAUAUAGAA